CUUUCCUUCUUAUAAUCAUGAAAAAAAACUAUAAGAUUUAACCAUAAUAAAGUUUUAUGUUUCAUAAAUUAUGUUGAUUAUUGUUAGUUCUAAGGAAAGUUUCACUUUAUAUCCUUUACUACUUUUCCUGAUCCUCUACUAAAAAUUUCAGUUUUUGUUUUGUUCUUGUCUUUUUUUAGAUCCUUUUCAUUUAUUUUUUUCUUCUUUUAAACGUACUAGUACUACACCUUUCUUUUUCCCAAGAAAAAGUUGAUGAAUUUGUUUGUAUUAUUUCUAACUUCUUCUUCAAAGUGGGAAUAUUGGAUUGGUUAAACAAAUGGAUGGAUCAACUUCAAAUUCAAAACCAACUCCUUCUAUGUUAGAGAGAAAAGCAAGGCCACAAAAAGAUCAAGCUUUAAACUGUCCAAGGUGCAAUUCAACUAACACAAAAUUCUGUUACUACAAUAACUAUAGCCUCUCACAACCAAGGUACUUUUGCAAAACCUGUAGAAGGUAUUGGACUGAAGGUGGUUCUUUAAGAAAUGUUCCUGUAGGUGGUGGUUCAAGAAAAAACAAAAGAUCAACCUCAUCAUCAUCACCUUCAAUCUCACAAUCACAACCUCCAUCAUCAAUAACAAAAAAUAUUAUCAUUAAUCCUGAUCUUGCUACAACACAAAAUAAUUUCCCUCAAUCUGCUUCUCAAAACCCUAAGAUCCAUCAAGGACAAGAUCUUAACCUAGCUUAUCCACCACAAACAACUGAGGAUAAUUAUAACACCAUAUCUAAAUUCAUUGAGCUUCCUUACACAACUGAUCAUCAAGACAAAACUACAAGUGCUAUGGAGCUUCUGAAAACUGCUUCUUCAUCAAGGGGUUUGAAUUCUUUUAUGCCUAUGACUUUGUCUGAGUCUAGUGCAAUGUAUAAUUCAAGUGGCUUUGCUUUGCAAGAUUUUAAGCUUGGGGUCAAUUUUGGCUUAGAAGGGUUUGAGAAUGGUUAUGGUGGUUUACAAGGGAUUAAUAAUCAAGAGGGUUCUGCUGGUGGUGGUGGUGGUGGUGGUGCAAGGAUGUUGUUUCCUGUUGUAGAGGAUCAGUUGAAUAAGCAACAGCAGCAACAAGUUCCAAAUAGUGGUGAGUUUGAACAUCAGCAAAAUAGAACUCAAGGUGAUUCUACUGGUUAUUGGAACGGAAUGUUAGGUGGAGGAUCAUGGUAGAUAAUGGAUAAGAAGAAGGAAAAAAAGUGAUAAAACAAGGGGUUGGUGCUUUUAAUUUUAUUUUUAUUUUUACUUUUUUUCUUUCUCAUCUUUAUCUUUUGGUAAUGUUGGGGAGUGGAUGUUUGAAAUUUGAAGUGAUCAUGAUCAGAACCACUAACAAAAUAGGGUACAUAGGUUAUUAUUAUUUAUGGAUGGAUGUUGUUUUGUUUCUUUAAUUUGGUGUUUUUUUCGUUAUUAUCGUGCUAAUAUCACUUUUGAUUGAAUUUUGGCUUUAUUUCUUCUAUAACUACUAGUAUAUUAUUUUGA